CACAGAACAAGGCACGUUUGAAGAGUACCUGACUUCCAUUCACUAAAACCAUGUGCCUAAACUGAAGAAGCUGGAACUCCACUUCCACAAAUGUUUGUGACCUUUGAAAAGAUGCUUUGCCUCAAAAAGCGUCAGUUUUGUCAUCUGUAAAGUGGAAAAAUGUUAAUCAGUGAAACUGCCUAUUUUUGGUCAGGAGCAAUGGCACAAAGUAGAUCCGAAGGAAGUUUGGUUGACAUGGAAGCCCAGAAACUCUCAAAAAAUUUCAGUGUUACAGAAUGCCAAGACCCAGACUUUCUUCACAAUUGGCCGGAAGCUUUUGCCCUUCAUGGUAAUAAUGCUUCCAAAGCUACGAAUCCAUUCUGGAAUGAACUGUCUGCUUCUAACCCAUUUUUGGAUGACAUAACUCAUCUAAGAAAGAACAGGAAGAGAGAUAAUAUUUCCAUCUUGAAAGAAGAUCCUUUUCUUUUUUUAAGAGAAGUAGAAAAUGGAAAUUCUUUUGAUUCCUCCGGUGAUGAACUCGAUGUGCGAAAAUUACUUAGGCAUUCCUCCUCAAGGAAAUCUGGAAGAUCUAAAAGUGUUUCAGAACUUCUGGACAUUUUAGAUGACACAGCACAUGCCCCUCAGAGUAUACAUAACUCUGACCAGAUCCUAGAACAAGACUUAGAAUGGCUUCAAAAUGACAGAGAAGCUUAUAAAAUGGCUUGGUUAAGUCAACGCCAGCUGGCCCGCUCCUGUCUGGAUUUGAAUACAAUUAAUCAGAACCCUGGAUGGGCCCAAACACAAGUUGCAGAGGUCACCAUAGUUUGUAAAUUAAACCACCAAGGAGGGUCGAUACAAUUACCUGAAUCAGACAUCACUAUUCAUGUGCCCCAAGGUCAUGUAGCUGUGGGAGAAUUCCAAGAAAUAUCUCUAAGGGCUUUUCUUGAUCCUCCAGAAAUGCUUAACCAUAGUCUUUCAUGCACUGUAAGCCCGUUGUUGGAAAUCACGUUAGGCAACCUUAAUACAAUGGAAGCCAUCUUGCUGGAGAUGAAAAUUGGGGCUGAGGUGAGAAAGGAUCCCUUCAGCCAAGUCAUGACAGAAAUGGUGUGUUUACACAGCCUGGACAGAGAAGGCCCUUUCAGAGUGUUAAGCAACUGUUACAUUUAUAAAGAUACCAUCCAAGUCAAGCUAAUGGACUUGAGUCAGGUGAUGUAUCUAGUGGUUGCUGCACAAGCUAAAACUAUUCAGUCACCAGCUGCCACCAUUUGGGACUAUAUCCACAAAACCACCUCAGUUGGAAUUUAUGGACCCAAAUAUAUCCAUCCCAGUUUCACUGUUAUUUUCAUAGUUUGUGGACACAGUUAUAUGCCAGGAAAGCUUACAAUCUCUGAUAUUAAGAAGGGUGGAAAAAACACAUCUCCAGUUGUAUUUCAGCUCUGGGGGAAGCAUUCAUUUUUGCUUGACAAGCCACAAGACCUAAGUAUUUCUAUUUUUUCAUGUGACCCUGAUUUUGAAGUAAAGGCAGAAGGAGAAAGGAAAGAAAUUAAGCAAAAACAGUUGGAAGCAGGCGAAAUAGUUCAUCAACCAUUUUUAUUUUCUUUAGUUGACCACAGAGAGAUGCACUUAUUUGUUUUCUGUGUUCAGGUGGAGCUUACCCAUGGUGAAGCAGUCGCACAAUUUUGUAUCACUACACCUGAUCCAGCCCCGAACCUAAAAAGGCUCUCAAAUCUGUCAGGUUAUUUGCAGAAGGAGAAGGAAAUCAAGUCUGCUCCUUUAUUACCAACAGUGCUUGUUAAAUAUCCCACAUUUCAAGAUAAAACUUUGAACUUUACCAACUAUGGGGUAACCUUGAAGGCAGUACUGAGACAAAACAAGAUUGACUACUUACUUGAAUAUUUCAAAGGUGACACUAUAGCACUUCUUGGAAAAGGUAAGGUCAAAGCCAUUGGACAGUCCAAAGUUAAAGAAUGGUAUGUGGGAGUCCUCAGAGGUAAGAUUGGACUUGUGCAUUCCAAAAAUGUCAAGGUGAUUUCGAAGGAACAAGUAAUGUCUACUUCAGAUAGCGUCUUUACAACCAGAAAUCUUCUUGAACAAAUUGCUCUACCUUUUAAAAAACUAACUUACAUCUACUCAGUUGUAUUGACCUUGGUGUCAGAAAAAGUUUAUGACUGGAAAGUUUUAGCUGAUGUCCUGGGUUACUCACAUCUGACACUGGAAGAUUUGAUUCAAACACAAGCAGACAAAGAGUCAGAAAAAGUUUCAUAUGUUGUGAAGAAGUUAAAGGAAGAUUGCCAUGCAGAUAAAAAUACAAGAAAAUUUCUUUACGAACUUAUUGUGGCUCUGCUGAAGAUGGAUUGCCAAGGGUUAGUGGCACAUCUCACCCAAGAGGCUGCUAUUCUGACUUCAGCCGUCAAGCUUGGAAAAGGCUGGAGGGAACUAGCUGAAAAGUUAGUACGACUCACAAAGCCACAAAUGGAGGCAUAUGAAAUUCCUCACCGAGGACAAGCUGGGGAUGUUGCUGUUGAGAUGAUGUGGAAACCUGCCUAUGAUUUUCUCUAUACCUGGAGUGCUCACUACGGAAAUAGCUACAGAGACAUAUUACAAGAUCUUCAAUCAGCUUUGGACAGAAUGAAAAACCCUGUGACCAAACAGUGGCGAGACCUAACUGGAGCUUUAAUACUAGUAAAUUCAUUAGAGGUUUUGAGAGUAACUGCAUUCUCCACUUCUGAGGAAGUAUAGAAAUGAAGGAUAUGUUUUUAAGGGGAGAAAAACUGUAGGGGGAGAAUGAGGAGUGUGUGUGUGCGAGUGUGUGUGUGUGUGUGUGUGUGUGUGUGUGUAAGAAAGAAUCUCAGAAAAGUAUCAUACUUAUCUUCUUCAUGUUUUAAAAUCUACAUUUUUUCUGAUGAAAGAACAGCCUAAGGGUAUCCAAGGAUGAGUUUUAUCAUCAAACAUAUAUUUCUAUGUAUGUUUCAUAUGCAAGCAUUAGGCUGCUUUGUUCCUCAGAAAGGAAAGAAAAACCCUCUUUCUUUCAUAGUUACUUUUAAUUUCCUUGAGUUAAAACAAAUGACUGUUAGAAUAAUUACAUCACACAGGUACCUGGAUAAUCUAGAGGCUCUGAAUGUGAAUGAGUGGAGUUUGACCAGGAAGCAAACAGGGAGAGAAGAGACACAGACAGACUCUGGGGCCAGUCAGGGCGUGGCAUGCUUUCUAUACGUGAUCUCUUUGAGAUCUCUUUUAUUCCCCAACCAACAUUUAUCCCCAUUUUUCAUGUGGAGAAACCAAGGACUGCAGAGAAUGCCCAAGGCUACAUAGCCAGUGUAAAAUAGGUUUUCUGUUUGAAAAACCUGUUUCUACUUCUUUAAAAAUAAAUCAUACUAUAUAGCAGAGUAUUAAAAAAUGCAUAUUAAAACUUACAGAGAAAUGGUAGCUAUUCCAUUGUAAUUGAAGCUUGCUCCUCUUUUUCACCAUCUCUUAAAAGAUUGCCAAGAGGAAAACAGGACGUACCAGAAAUCUGUUGUCUGCAUACAUGGACCUCAUGUUUUCAUCAGCUUCCUUUGGCCUCUUAGGACCUAUGCCAUCCUGCCUAACUUGGACUUUUUCUGCAGGAUCAUAAUGCAAAGCAGUUCUUUAGCUCCAGGAAUUUUUAAUAACAGUAGUUAUUAAAAACAACAAUCAUCACCAAAAACCUGAUUUGUCACUGUUGAGUACAGCAGUCAUAACCA